AUGGCUUCUACAUCUUUCAUUCCGCAAGAACAAUUCAACCUAUUUCACUUGAUUGAUCGAGAGCUUUACACCCUUCUCGUGAUGGCCUUAUGGAGGGAUCCCAUGCAGUAUAUGCAAGUCAUAGCUAUUUGGAUCUGGUUGGAAAGAAUGGGCUACAAGAACGUGGUGAAGAAGAUAUUGUCCUUACCAAAUAUUUUAAUAAAUGAACUAGCAGAUGAAGCAAUCAUAUGCCUUAAAGCUAUAAAAAGUAACCAUCUUGCAAUUUCACUCGAAAUCAUUGAUAUCCCUUUGAUGCAAAGUAUAAUGGAGAAAGAAAUCUCUCUUCAAUAUUUUCAUGAUAAUAUGCUUAAUGCAAUGGAAGGGGUGGCAAGAGUUGUAAAUGAGGUAUGCAUUAGAGAAUUAAGUGAUAUCAUGCAGGUAGCCAUUGAAAGAAAUGCUGCUCAAAGCUUAAUAGACAGACAAACAAUGAUCUCAACUUUUCAAUAUCAGUCCUUAUUUCAACCUAUGCCUCCAGAGGUUGCUUUUGGUCCCAAUGAGAUUGCCAAAUCUUCAACCUCCUUAGGAAAUGAUGAACUAGCUGAAGAUAGGACUAUGUUUGUUACGUUCUCUAAAGGCUAUAAUGUGAAGGAAUGGGAAGUGAGAGAAUUCCUCGCUAGGAAUUAUGGUGAUUGUAUUGAGUCCCUUUACAUGCACGAUGUGGAGCCAACUGAACAACCUUUAUAUGCUCGCAUUGUGUUUCGCUCAGCAACUACUAUUCAAGUGAUUCUUAAUGGGAAGAGUAAAGCAAAAUUUACCAUCAAUGGGAUGCAUGUUUGGGCGAGAAAAUUUGUACCAAAACGCCCGAGAUCUUCACUUCCCAACUUUUCACCAAUUGGAUCUUGA